AUGCGUCGCCGUCCGCACAAGAAAGCCCAAACCGCCACUCCUCUCCCCAGUUCUGCCGGAUCCCCCACUCCAGAUGAUCCAGAAAAACUUGGAGUUACACAGGAUUCCAUCAACAAGGAUGGAAGUGGAAGCCAGCUCCUGAAGCCAAUGAGCAAUCAAGAAGAAUUAAUGGUCGCUUGCUGGUUGUCUCACCCUCCCUCCCACCAUGUGUUUGAACUCCAUAAUUUUCCGACACGAUACGCAACAAGUUCACCCCACACCUCACAACGGUUAAACCCCGCACUGGGAGCACACUCAGCUAGACCCCAUGAAACGCAAACUGCAUCUACAUCUUCACACUCAACCCUGACGACUCGUCGUCAUUGCCAGGCUCCCUUUUUCGCAAAUCCUAUGACAACCCGUCGUCUUAACUGCCUGUUGUUCACGCCACGGUUCGUCCAUCAGUCAAUACAGCGGGUCUACCCUUCGCAUCGAACCUUCCACUAUUCCCCUCGAAUUAUCUUCCAAGACUGUCAGACCCUUAUCACCAACGAUUAUCUGCUACCCCGCGACUCUCGCUCUGUUUUCAUGCGGUCGUCUACCUUUGCCUUGCCCCCUAGCAUCGCCACAUGA